GUUACAAGGUUUUCAUCUGAUGAACAUGUCCUUGCCUAUACCAUCAGUCAACUCUUCCACGUCUGGAUCUGAGGGAUCUUUCAGGAUCGCUGUGAUGGGAGCUUCGGCAGUAGGUAAGAGCGCCAUUAUCAACCAGUUAAUCUUUGGAAAGUUUCUCCGAGGCUACGCGGCCACGAUACAAGAACGCUAUAUUACCGACAUAGACGUGAACGGCAGACACGUCGUGCUUGACAUCUUCGAUACCCCCGGGGCCUACUGUUUCGCCAACGUAAGGAAACUGGCCAUGACCAACGCCGACGCCUUUGUGUUGGUGUAUUCUGUGGGAGACGAGUCAUCCUUUGAGAACAUGGCUAAUCUGAGACAUUUGAUUGUCCAAGAGAAAUCUGUCGACGUUCCUAUCCUUGUUGUAGGAAACAAGACUGAUCUGACAACCACCGAUCGCUUCAUAUCCAAAGACAAAGCUCAAUGCAUGGUGACAAGCGGCUGGAAUCACAACUAUAUGGAAGCCUCUGCCAAAGACAACGCCAACAUUUCCGAAAUAUUCCAGCUGAUUGUGAGCCAAACAAGAUCCUAUUUAACCGACAAAAGACGGCGCAUGACUACGCCAACUGCCGCCCUUAAGACACUUAGACGCAAACUGACGAGGUCCCAAACCUUCAACUAAAAUAAAAGUUCUCACCAUGGGGGUGGUCACCGAUUGAAUGGUCUCACUGAAG